UUUCCCGUGGAACAAGCAACUGCAUAAGUUAUUAUUAUUAUUUUUUUAAAAAAGGUUGUUAUUAUUCUGUUUCCAUCGAUCGAUUUCUGAGUUUCACAAACCCUAAUUUGGUCGUUGAUUCAAUACUAUUCUCCUCCUCCAAUUAGUGAAAACUACUCGCAGCUAAGCCACUAAUCUGAAGAUUUCAAUCAAACCUGCAAUCGUCGACAAAGGGAUCAGCCAAGUCAGGAGUUGUGAAGUUUAGCUGGAAUUUGAUUUCAAACAACUAUAAGACGAUGAAAAGAGUGUCCUCUAACGACGCAUCAUGUAUUGAGGAAUAUCCCAGAAAAAAGAGGGCUGUUGUGAUUACGGGUGAGUCUAAAAGAUUCAAAGCAGGAUCCACUGCUCCAUUGCCAGAAAAGGUAGAUGCUAUUGCUUACCCACAUAAUAAUAUGGGUGAAAAAUACAUGCAUUAUUCCUACACUAAUUGUACCAAUCAAUUAUAUGAAACGAGGAAACCUUGUAAUGUUACAACACACUUUCCUGAAUCCGUUGAAGAACCAGAUUAUUCUUGUAGUAAUCUGAGUUCAGUUGCCAGCUGUAGUGUAAUAAGUGGUAGUGAAUUUUUUGGUGAUACAUUAGCAGGUCCUUGCCAAGAUGAUGAAGAUACCCUUUGCAGUGGUGCAGAAUAUCUAGAUGUUGAAGAUGUGGAUGGAUUUUAUGGCGAUAGGUUAGCACAUCCUUGCCAUAGUGAUGAAAAUACCGUUUGCAGUGAUGCAGAAUCUCUAGAUGUUGAAGAUGUGGAUGAAGGAUGUGACAUUUUUCCAAAAGAGGUUGUAGCAGAAAAAAUCCAUAGGUUAGAGUUGAAUGCUUAUCUCUGUACCUUAGAGGCAAUGUAUGCUUCUGGUCCUUUAAGUUGGGAAAAAGAGGGAUUGUUGACUAAUCUUCGUAUUUCACUCAAUAUCUCAAAUGAUGAACAUUUGAUGGGAAUAAAGAACUUAGUUUCCUCUGGUCAGAAUUUUUAAAUGUUUAUGUAGUGGAGUUUGCCGUUCAAUUUUUCAUUUUUGAAAACCCAUGUACAUCAUUAUUAGGUUCUAAACAAGAUAAUAUUUGUACAAUUCAUUAUGUUCUAGAAAUUAUGAUGCCACACUCAAUAUGAACAUACCAAUUAUCAUGUUAUAAUGCUGUGUAUUUUAUUUAUCCUAUUUUGAAUUUUAGGAUCCUAUUCCUUGUCCUGUUUUUUCCCAAUAUUAUUAUAAGUUCUGAUGCUAUGUAUAUCAUUUAAUUUCUUAAUUUUAUUCAAUAAACUCUUUUAGCUGUCUAUUUUAUCGUAUUAAAUUUUUCCACCAUUUGAUUAUUGAUGAAUCAAAAUCAUUUUCCAGGGCCAGUGUAGGAGGCUUGCACGCCUUGCUUGCAAUGGCUAAAUAUGAUGUUAGGUCUGCCUCGUUAUCUCUGCAAAUUAAUUGGUUACAUCUACCAGUAAUUAUCUCAGAGAUAAGAAAUUUCUGACCUCUCUUUGUUAUGAUUGUUUAUGUGCUUUCCAAUAAUAUUGGAUAUCUCAGGUGUGCUUAGAACUCACACUUGCCAUGUCAUAGCCAGAACAUGGACUUGCUUAAAAGCUGCAGGCACGACUCUUGUAUGGAUGAUCUUCUAAUGCAUUAUUCAGAUCAUUAGUCACACAAUUUGCAAUUCACUUCGGUACAUGGUACGGAUUCGGGUAAACGGUAUGCUAUUUAGCACGUUCAAAUAUAACCAGUAUGUUAUGAAUUAAAAAUAUUAUUUAGUACUUGACCAAAAAGAAAAAAAAAUAGUUAAAAAAAUAAAAAAGAUGUUGAAGAUAUCAAUAUCAUCAAUAUAAAUUAUUUAGAUUUGCAAAAAAAAAACCCUUCGGUUCUUCUUUCUCCAGUGAUUUUAAUUAUCUUGCACAAUUGUUCCAACUUCCAUUUUUAACUUGCCAUUAAUCAUAGAAUGGUGGAAACUGAGCAUGAAAUUUCCCCUUUUCUUCACCCCAAAUUUGAAUUCAAUACCGCAUAAGUGAAAAACAGUGAGAUUUUUGACCAGUUCUAUCUUCCAUCUUGUUAGUAUGUUGAUUUCUGUGAAUUCCACACAAAUUUUGACGAACCAAUUUGCAAAAGUACCGCGAACCAAUAGCUGUGAAUCAAUUUGUGGUUCCUUGUUAGGGUAACGGAUUCUGCAAUUAUGGUUCAGAUAAUGGUAGUCUAUUUUAUUUAUAUGCAUGCCGUGUGGAUUAUCUUCUUGUGGCUUGAAUACUCAUCUCACCAGUUGAAAAGCAAGUUAUGCCAGGAUGUUACAAUGUGUUAAAUCUAGGUAGUUAACUGUGCCACUAUUUAUUUAUGUCUUGUCAUGUGGUCUCAGGUAUUCAACGGUGUCAUAUCUUUAGUGUAAACUUUACUUUGCCCUUAUUUCCCAUGAUUCCCAAGCUUUCAUCAGGGUUUUAUGGCCAUUUUGUUGUGCCCUCCACUCACUUUUCUUCUGGGUUCGUCACCCUGAGUCCCCCUAACCUCCACACACUCUCUCCUUUAGUAUUCAUUUAUCAUACAUUCAACAGGGUGCCAUUGUUUCUUGAUUUCAAUACUCAUUGGCAUUAUUGUCUAUUUUUUCUUUCAUGAAGAGCACUCUUGAACUUGUAUUGACUGCUUUGAGUUGAAGUAUAUAUUUUUAAGGUAAAAUUUCCAUAUUAGUAUGCUUAACUAGUGUCCGGGGGCACGGUUUAGCAUUUUCCUAUUUUUAAAGGGGUAGAUUAAUUGUAUUGUUCCUCUCUAAUUGAUUUUUCUGUUUAUUGGGUGUUAGGGUUUAUUGAUCCAUCUUCUGAUUUCAAAUUAUCUGGGGUGAUACAUUGCGCUAACAUUGCAACUUAGUUCCUUUGUAGACAUUUUUAACUGUAUUUUUUUUUUUUUUGUAAUUAUAGCAUGUAGCCUUGAUAUUAAUGUACAAACCUCAUCUUGGCAAUUUGAAAGAUUAAUUAGCUAUACAUUUUGUUUCAAUGCAUUUUUUAGGUUAAGAUAUUCUGAAGUUCAUUUAGGUAAUUCUUGCUGUUUCUUUGACUAUUUUCCUGUCAUUCCUGCUGAGCUAAUCAAGUUUUGACUUUGAUAUCAAAAAGGCUUGUGGAAAGGAAGUACUGUACUUGAAAAGAUAAUACCAACAAAUAUGUGAAGUUUGACUUGCGCUGAUUACUGGCUUGCGAAAGCAAAGUACAGUAUUUCAGAUGAUGAUUUGAAAAGCAACUUUAUGCACAUGUGUUUUUUUGUUUUUUUGACAAUAACUUUAUGCACAUGUUAGAGUUCAAAGGUGUUGGUAUUAUUAGCUCUUGGUUCGUUCCAUUCGUUUAAAGUUUAUAUUUGCAGCUAUUAUCAUCUCAGCUGAAUAUGAGUUUCUUAACAUGCCUCAUUUAUAAUUUUUUAAUGUUCAUAAUUAUUAAGCACAAUAAUCUAAAUUAGCAUCUUAAAAAAAUUAUUAAGGGUGUGUUUGGUUGUGAGAAGAAAGUGAGAAGAGAGAAAUAAGUAUGAGAGAAUAUAAGAAGAGAGAAAUAGGUGAGAGAUAGAGUAGAUUUGAUGUCUUGAUUGCUAUAAGAGAAAAAUAGAAGAAAUAGAGAAGAAAGAAGUGUUUCUUAUUUUUGAAAGUACCAAAAUGUCCCUAACUAAAAAAAUUAUAAAAAACUAAAAGAACAAUUUGAAAAGGACAAAAAGGACAAUAACAUAAAUCGAUUGAAAAACUAAUUUUGUUUCCUCUUUCUUCUCACUUGCGGCCUGUGGGAUGAUUGGAAAAGUGAGUGGGAUCCACCAAAUAUUCUUCUCUAUUCUCAAUUUCCCUCCAUACCAAACAAGAGACAUGUCCAACUUUUCUUCUAUUUCUCUCUUCUCUAUCUCUCUCUUCUCUAUUUCUCUCAAACCAAUCAAAGGCUAAAUCAGUUUCACCAAUAUUAUAACUCUAAUUACAUUUCAUCAAUACUUAUUCAUUUUAAAUAAAAUUAUCCCUAUUGUCAAAAAAAAUAAAAUAAUCCCUAAUCCCCAAAUUGCCCCUUAUGAAUUUGAUGCAAAUUUGAAGGGAGUUUGUUUAUUCUCGGUUGGCUGUCAAGCUUGCAACCGGUUAAUUUAAUUCGUUUGUCAUGUACUAAUAUUGAACCA